AUACAGAGACUAAGUUAAAGCAAGAAGCAUCAUGAUGUUAGUGGCGAGGAUGGCGGGGCAGGAGGAGGUGACGCUGGCUGCUCUCUUCGACACAUGCCUCAAACUACGUGAAGAAGUUGAAAAUUCUACCCUACCCACCAACUCUGAUAAACUACAGGUCAAGAUUAAGGAAGGCAUAGAUGAACUGAUAAAGACAACCGUGUUGGUAUCAGAACUUGGGGUCUUUAGCAGUAAUGAAACACUCGAUGAACUUCCCACAUCCUCAAUAAAGUUCCUCUUGCUGCCAGUUCUCCUCGGCUACUUUUCUGAAAAGCGUACAGACAUUGACCGACUGGAAGUUUUACGAAUAGCAAAUGUUUAUUAUAAGGACUUCAUAAUGCGCUGCAAGCAGUAUGAGCUCACAGAUGCUUCACUACCUGAGGAUCAGAUCGAGGAAGCCGACCAUAAUGAUGCACUGCCAGAAGAGAAAAUAGUUCAUAAAGCUUCUACAAAAAGAGGAAUGCCAACACCUAAGGAACUCGAAGUAAUGGCAAGACAGCGGGAAGAAAAACUUCGAAGAUAUAAAGAGAAGAAAGCUGUUGCAGAUCGACUUGCUGAGCUUAAGAAAGCCCUUGAUAACCCUGGUCAUGAUGAGGAUACUUUAAGAAACUACUAUAUCACUAUGGUUAAGAAAUUUGUUCAUGAAAGUUUAGAUGAAUUGCAGAGUGUGAUAAUGGAGCACAAGAUGUUGUCAGAGAUGGAAGUCAUGAAGAAGAAGGGAAUGCUUCCAAGCUCAGAAGUAGCCACCAAAACAACUCCUUUCAAGCCAAUCCUAAUCACCAGAGAUGCAAUAAAUAAGAAUGUGUUUGGAAUGGGGUACCCAAGUCAUCCAUCCAUGUCAGUGGCUGAGUUUUACGACCAAAGAGUUAAAGACGGCUGGUUUCCCGAUCCCAGUAAACGUCUGAACUGUCUUCAGGAUCAGGCUGAACUUGACCCAGAAGUGGCAAAAGAGGCCGAGGAACAUGAAGAGGAGGAAAAGGAAAAGGCCGAAGAACAAGAUGAUCCUGAGAAGCUUGCUCAAGACAGGAAGUGGGACGAGUGGCGGGACACACACAGAAGAGGAUGGGGAAAUACCUAUAACAGAAGCUGAGAACAGCUGAUCUUAGUACAUGUACUGGAUAUCUUUCAGCAAGUGGAGCCCCAGUGCUUGUUCUCUCAGUUGGUAGUAUCAAUAGUUAAACAGGAAUUGCAGUCUAAAAAAUAAGAGCUGCUUUUGCUAUUAUUUUUUUUUUCAAAUUGUUGCAUUAUUUCAAUCUAAUGGAUUAUAAAAGUGGAUCAUUUGGUAUAUUUGAUUCGAAUUAAGUUUAAUUUUUUUGAAAAAUGUUUUUAUUUUUGUCAAAAUUCUUGGUAGUUACUGUAUUUCUGUUAGACUGAUCAAAGCACUGUAGGGUUUAAUGCCUUGGUUGUCAAAUCUUUAAUUUUAAACACUUUAAAUAAAAUUGAACAUGAGAA